AUGGCCGCUGCCGUCACCGAACACCCGCGAUUCUUCCCCACACGCACCGAUGCGCUGGGCAUGGAGGACUUUGAAACAGCCUCCAUUAGAUCCGCUGCGCCGUCUUACUUCUCAGAUGCCCCUUCAUAUCACUCCAUCGCGCCAAACCCCGAACCGAUCCCUCCCUACUCGCCACCUGCGAACAACAACACAAACACUAGGACCGGCUCCACCCAGUACCCGACCUCUCUACUUCCUGCCGCCCCGACCCCCACCCGCUCCGGCAACUCCACGCCCCAGCCCCGCUCCGGCCUACCACCGAUCCCCCCGGCUCCCCCUGCGGUACCCCAGCUCAACCAGUUCCGCAUCCCGACCUGGUCGACCGUACACUCCAACCCGACCCUCAACAACGUUGCCCGCCGGCGUAUGAACCAGAGCGGCAGCGCCGACCCUGUCGCACACCUGCGGCGGUUCAUGUCUGAGCGUCUGGCCGAGGAGGAAGCCGCGCAGCGCGCAAGGGAAUUCCGUCCGCUCGAGGACCCAUACCUGGUUGGUGAAGAGGCCGCCUCGCGGGCGCGACAGGAGCGGCUUGCGAGGGAAUCUGGGGAGGAUAUUUUGUGGGAUGAGGAUCGCCGCUGGAACAGGUUUCUAGCGCAAAUGCAAACUUGGGAAGACCGGGACCGCAGUUCCUGGAGGAACAUACGCCAGAAUGAGCAAACAAGUCAGCGCAAGAAGCUGACCAGACGUCUCGCUGGACGUCUGUGGUAG